AUGUCCGGAAGACGCAAUGGCAACCGCAUCCGUGGCCCACAAUCUGCCUUGACCGACUUCUUAUCUUCACACAACAUCUCAGCACAACAAAUCCGCGAUGACUACGAACGCCGCGUGCGCGAAGCCGCUCAGCAAGAAAAUGCCGGCGAAGGCACCUCCAACACCCCUCUACCACCCACCGACCCAGACGCCGACGCCGCAGCCGCCCUAGCCGCAACAGAAGCCGCAGAAGCAGCAGAGGAAAAGUCCAGGAAGCGCAAGAGAAAGGAAGAGGCUGCCAUUGAGAAGAUCAAGAAAGCAAGAGGAGCCAAGGGUGGAAAGAAAAAGAAGAAGCCGGUCAACAGCGAUGACGAGGACGACGAGGACUUUGACAUUGGCAAUGCCAUGUAUGUCAAGGCUCCUCCCAUGCCUGGUCAAUUCGAGAACUGCGAGAUCUGCAGCAAGCGUUUUACUGUCACGCCAUACAGCAAGAGCGGUCCUGAAGGAGGUCUGGUCUGCACACCUUGUGGUAAAGAGCUAGCCAAAGACGGAGAUGCAGCAGCAGGAAAGAAGGCAAGAAAGCCCCCAGCUGGAAGAAAGAGACGUCAGGUCGAGAGUGAGCGCUUGAACGGUAUCGCUGUUGGUGGAGCAAAGUCGUUGCAGCAGCUUUGCAUUGAAAAGGUCGCACAGUAUCACGAAGACGUCGAUGAGCUCGGCGAAUUGCCAGAGCCUGUCAUGCUGCGACUGGCUGAGAUCUUCGCAAAGAAGCGUGUCCUAAACCCAAAGACGCUCAAGCUCUUCGUACGACCAGACUCGGAUGCUGUGUGCAUCCACGACGCUGCAUACCUGGAAGUCGAAGAUUACCAGGGCAUCUGCGCCGUGGCUCCUGGACUCCAGAAGCUCGUCAUCCGCAAUGCUUGUCAGCUCAAGGAUGAGGUUAUUGAGUACAUGAUGGAGAAGUGCGACUCGAUCAACUUCAUCCAGUUCUAUGCCGCCAACUUGGUGUCGGAUGACAUGUGGCGCAAGCUCUUCCAGCGAUACGGCAAGCAGCUCAGAGCAGUCAAACUAUCAUGGCUGGAUGCUUCGUUCAACGACGACACUGUCAAGGAACUGGUUGAGAACUGCCCUGAUCUUGUCCGUCUCAAGCUCAAGCUAUGCCGCAAGCUCACUGAAGAGUCCAUCAUCGCUCUUGCUGGUCUGACCAAUCUGGAACGUCUUUCGUUGCAGACUGGUGUCCAGCCAUCUCCCGAGUCUGUCAUCAAUCUCAUCAAGUCUGUCGGUCCUAAGUUGCGUACUCUCUCUUUCGAAGACUUCCUUGAUCUCGACGAUGCAGUUCUCGCACAAAUCAAGGAGUCUUGUAACCAGCUGGAGAAGUUCCGUCUGCAAAUGAACGAUGUCGCUAGUGAUGCUGCCUACGCCAACCUCUUCACCAAUUGGAAGAACCCACCUCUCACCUUUGCUGACUUCAGCGGAACUCGCGAUGUCGACAACAACAACCCCAAAGGACCUGAAGAAGCUAUCGGGCUCGCUUCUGCCGGUUUCAAGGCUCUGAUGGCACACUCUGGAUCAGCUCUUCGUACUCUAGACAUCGCCUCUUGCCGCCACAUCAGUCUGGAAGCCUUCCUCGAUGUGUUUGGCAGCGGCACCAAGUACUCCAAUCUCGAGACGAUCAAUAUCAGUUUCUGCAGCGCCGCUGAUACAUCUGUGGUUGCCGGCAUCUUCCAGAGUUGUCCUUCCAUCAAGAGGGUCAUCACAUUCGGAUGCUUCGAUGUCACUGAUGUCGUCGUGCCUCGUGGUAUUGCACUCAUCGGAGCACCAAAGGCUCAAGAUGCCAUCGAGCAGAUUGGUACCGGUAUCGACGUUGCUGAGGCUUUGGGUCGCAUGAUCGAUGUCGGUGCCUAG